AUGCUUAUUGCUCCUCAAUUUCUUUUAUUCUCUUUUAUAAUUUUUUGUGCAAUUCUUUUGUAUCGCCACAUAAAAUUAAGGAGUCAACUAGUUAAUGUCCCUUCGCCUCGAUCCUGGAUGUUAUUUGGACACGUUUUAAUAAUUAAACCGGACAUGGAAGGAUUUAUUGACCAAUUAAUGGGAAUGGCACAGCUUUAUCCACAACACCCAAGAAUGACUUUAUUUUGGUUUGGCACAAUUCCAACGUUAAUGAUUUAUUCUGCGAGACUUGUUGAAUCUUUGUUCAGUAAUAACAAUCAUAUAAAUAAAGGAAUGUUUUAUGAUAUGUUUCGACCUUGGCUUGGAAAUGGACUUUUAACCAACACUGGUGAAGGAUGGCGUGCUCGACGUAAAUUGCUCACUCCAACAUUUCACCACGAAAUAUUGAAAAGUUUUGUGAAUGUGUUUAAUUAUCAAGCUGAUAUACUUGUUCGAAAAUUGCAUACUUUGGUGGGCAAAACUGAGUAA